CAUAUGACGUUGAUUCAAAUGUAGUUUUUAAAAUGGACCAAAUAAUAAUAUUAAUAGCAGCGAUCCAUUUACUCUACUGUCCGUUCACAAAAGUCGAAGAAAGUUUCAAUCUUCAAGCUACACACGACCUUUUGUAUCACGGCUCUAAUUUAAACGAGUAUGAUCAUCAUGAGUUUCCUGGUGUUGUGCCAAGAACAUUUCUCGGACCAAUGGUAAUAUCGGGUAUUGCUGCGCCAACUGUUGCUGUUAUUAAAUACUGGAAACUAAAUAAAUUUUUAUCUCAAUAUAUUGUAAGAGCAAUAUUGGGCUUGACUGUAAUAGCUGCUUGGAAAUUAUAUAAAAAUGCUCUCCAAUCAAUCUUUGGAACAAAAUUUGUAAAAUGGUUCCUUAUAAUUACCGUAACUCAGUAUCACUUUAUGUACUAUUUAAGUCGGCCAUUACCAAAUACUAUGGCCAUGCCAUUGGUGCUGCUUGCGCUGUACGGAUGGCUUAAAAAGAAUCAUAUUUUAUUCAUAAUUUCAUCGGGAGCAGCUAUUAUCAUAUUUAGAGCCGAAAUUUCUAUGCUAUUAGGUCUAUUUUUACUUUACGAUAUAGCAUAUUCAAAAUUAACAAUAUCAAGAGCAUUAAAAAUUAUAAUACCUACUGGUAUUUUCCUCUUAGUCUUAACUGUUACUGUUGACUCUUAUUUUUGGAGAAGAACCUUAUGGCCCGAAGGAGAAGUUUUUUAUUUUAAUACUAUUCUCAAUAAAAGUAACGAAUGGGGUACAUCACCAUUUUUAUGGUAUUUUUAUUCUGCACUCCCAAGAGGCAUGGCAUUUUCAUAUUUCCUUAUACCAUUAGGAAUCUUUUGGGACUCUCGAGCCAGAGUCUUAACUAUACCCGGAAUAGUUUAUGUUAUCUUUUUCUCAUUUUUACCACAUAAAGAGUUAAGAUUCGUCAUGUAUGUAUUUCCAUUGUUGAAUGUUAGCGCAGCUGCAGCAUGUCAUCGCAUAUGGGAGAAUAGAAGUAAAUCGUCAUGGAAUGCCUUAAUUGCCUUAAUUACACUGGGACAUUUAAUAUUAAAUGCAGUAUUUUCUAUAUUCCUACUCUGUCUGGCUGGAUUAAAUUAUCCUGGAGGCUUGGCAAUAACAAGAUUGCAUGGGUUGGAGAGUGCACAUACCGAAUCUGUUCAUGUGCACAUUGAUGUUUUAACAGCCCAAACGGGAGUCUCUAGAUUUACUCAGACUAAUUUUUCAUGGAUUUAUUCCAAAAAAGAAAAUAUAACAGUGCACGAUUCAGAAGUAUUGCAAUUUACGCAUAUGCUAAUGGAAGCUAAAAGCAAAUAUUCACCAAAUAUUAAACCUUAUUUAAAAAAUUUUGAUAUUUUGGAUUCUGUGGAUGCUUACUCAAACAUUGAACUUAAUUAUAAUUCGAUAUUACCAUCUAUAAAAAUAAAAACAAAACCAACAAUUUUUAUUCUAAAAAAAAAACAAAACAUGCAAUACGAUCCGUUGCAAAUUAAAAGUAAAGAUAAUUCAUUUGAUUAUAAGAGCUUAGAACAUAAUACAAAUCACGAUAAAAAUCCAAAAAGUAUAAAAGUAGAAGUUGAUAAAAUGUUGGUCUUUACCAAAGAAAAUGAAGAAUCACUUGAAAUGAUAAAGGAUACUAAUAAAGUCGAUACUUUAUUGAAUAAAAUUAAUGAUGAAAAGCAUAAUGCUAAUUUUGAAGAAUUAACGUCUAAAAACAAUCGUAAACAUAACGAAAUAAAAAAUGUAAUAAAAAGACUUGCCAUGGAUAAUGAACAAAUCUAUUCAAAUUUAUUAUCAAAAAGAAAUUUCAAUAGAGAAUCAGAACAUAUUGAGAUCAUAACAGAAUUUGAAAAAAAUGAAAUUGAAACUAGUAAACAUAAAACUGCCUUUCAAAUAACAAGCGUUAAUAAUUAUCAUAAAAAUAAUAUGAAAAAUGCUGUUAAGAAACUAAUGGAAGAAAAGAAAAAUUUAUAUAAAAUCAAAAAGGAAGAGGAAAAUAAUUUGGUCGUUGAUAAAAGCAAUAAUUCUACUGUAGAAUCAAUGAAAAAAGAACGUGAAAAGAAAGCUGUACCAAAAGAUGCGACCACUUCACAAAAAAGUACUUAUACUUCGUUAAAUGCAGAUUCUACAGACGAUGAAAUGAAUCAGAAACAAAAAAAUUAUUAUAUAAAAGAAAUAAUCAGGAAUAUUAUAAAUCAAUUCAAAGAAUUUGAAAGUGACCUAAUAACAGAAGAUACCGAUUUAAUACGUACAUGGUUAGAAGAUGAAACUGAUACUACAACCGAUACAAAUCUGCUAGAAAUUGGAAAUGUAAUUAAAAAUACAAAUAAUAAAAGCUUUAAAGAUCCAAAAGAAACAUUAAAAGAAAUUCUGGACUUAUUUAUGGAGCUUAAAAAUGAAAUAGUUUCUGACAAAGAUACUGUAUUUGAUGAUAUUAUAGAUUCAUAUUUGAAUAGAUCCAUUGCUGAGACAUUAAUACGUUUCAAAGAUGCAUUGAAAAAUUUAAUACUACAAAGAAAAUUGAAAAUGAAAGAGCAUUUAAAUAAAAAUAAAAAGAAUUUGCAGUUGCAAAAAAGAUUAAAAGCUUCAAAUACCUAA